GUGUGUAUAGAAUAAAAUAAAAUGAAAUUUAUUCUGGUGAAAUUUUAAUUAGUUAAAAUUUAAAAGAAGAAAAAAUUCUAGAUAUAAAAAUAAAAUGAUUUUGGGAGAAAUGAAUAAAAAAUAAAGAGUCAUCAUAUUUCAUCAAUCUACACGAGUAGAAUAAUUCUUGCUCAAGAAUUGAAUAUUAUUCUGAUAAAAUAUUUUCCUAAAACAAAUAUAAGGAAGAAAAACCCAAAACAAAAACACAGAAACAAAAGAAAAACAAAAAGUAGAAAUGCUGGAGGACACGUUAAUUACUACAAUCAAUCAACAGUUGAACAUUUCAACUGUAAAUAAUUCAAAUAAAGAUUUAGAUGAAGUUCAAUAUACCAGUGAUUAUGAACCAUAUGAAUCUCGUCCGGAAACUUAUAUAAUUCCAGUACUUUUUUCAAUAAUUUUUAUUGUUGGAGUACUUGGUAAUGGUACACUUAUUAUAAUCUUCUUAAGGCAUCGUGCUAUGCGAAAUGUACCAAAUACAUAUAUUGUAUCAUUGGCAUUGGCUGAUCUAUUGGUUAUAUUAAUUUGUGUUCCAUUAGCAUCAAUUAUUUAUACAUUUGAAUCAUGGCAAUGGGGUGUUGCAUUAUGUCGAAUAUCAGAAUGUGCUAAAGAUAUAUCAAUUGGUGUUUCAGUAUUUACAUUAACAGCAUUAUCAGCAGAACGUUAUUGUGCAAUUGUAAAUCCACUUAGAAAAUUACAGACACGUCCAUUGACAGUUCUAACAGCAACACUAAUAUGGUUAUUAGCAAUUUUAUGUGCAACACCAGCAGCAAUUAAAGCUGAUAUUGAUGAAGCUGAAGUUCCCGGUGUUAAUGGAACAAAUCGUACAAUUUAUUAUUGUACACCAUAUGGUCGUGAUAGUUUUCAUAGUUUUUAUGCAAAGUCUGCAGUCUGCUGUAAGGCUUUUAUAUAUUAUUUACUUCCGUUAUCAAUAAUAGCAGCUCUAUAUAUUAUGAUGGCAAGAAGAUUACACGUGAGUGCAAGAGAAAUGCCGGGAGAAAUGUCCGGACCACAAAGUCGAGCACAAGCAACUGCAAGACGACAUGUAGCUAGAAUGGUUAUUGCCUUUGUAUUGAUUUUUUUCAUAUGCUUUUUCCCAUAUCAUGUUUUUGAAGUAUGGUUUCAUGUAUAUCCAAAUGCUCAAUCAGAAUAUGAUACAUUUUGGCAUAUUUUAAGAAUUGUUGGAUUUUGUACGAGUUUUCUAAAUUCAUGUGUUAAUCCGGUUGCAUUAUAUUUUAUAUCUGGUGUUUUUCGUCAACAUUUUCAUCGUUAUUUAUGUUGUCGUCAUAAUGCACAACCAUCAUUUCGUGGACAUCAUUCAACUGGUGCUGAUACUAGUUUUAUGUCAGUACGUCGUUCAACAACAAAUAAUUAUCGUAAUUCAUCUGUAUACAUUAAUAAUAAUGUUAAUAACUAUCAUAAUAGUUUACAUCACCAUCACCAUCAUCAUCAUCAUCAGCAGCAACAGCAACAACAACAACAAUUUCAAAAAUUACAACAACAACAACAACAACAAUUACAACAGAAACAGAAAGAACAAUUAGAAAAACAAGAGGACCAAGGAUUACAAUUACAACAUACUGUUAUUAAUAGUAAUGGUACUGGUACAUCACCACCAAAAAGUAUUAUAUUAAAUGAGAAUAGGUGAGGAACA